AUGCCAUCGAGGAAAUUUGUGAGUGGAACACUAAAGUUGAUUGCAUUUAUAAUCUAUCCUAUUGUUGAGCUGUAUCAGUACUUUGUGUUCAUUGGGCUGCUUUGUAUGGAGGAGAGGGGCGUGCUUUCAUGGACAAUACUUGUUGCAUACAUUGCGUACCAUCUUCUUCUGGCAUAUAAAUCAAUGUUCUACAUGCGCCUGCUGGUUACUGAAGAUAAAAGCACAUUAGAUAUAUUUCCGGAUCUUCCAUGCGAUGAGAGCAACCUUGAGAUCAGAAACAUAAACAGCUUUGUUGAGGAGAGGAUAAUGAAAGACAAUCUUUCUCGAAUCAAGAUAUGCGGCAAGUGCAAGACAUACAAACCACCAAGAGCCCAUCAUUGCAAUGUAUGCAAGCGAUGCUAUCUUAAAUAUGAUCACCACUGCCUGAUGCUUGGUGUGUGUAUUGGGUUUCACAACUACAAGUUUUUCUAUCAGUUUUUGUUCAUGAACUUGGUGACAUGCUUGUUUCUGAUCAUUUUUGUAUCUGUGUAUAUGACUGUGUCUGGAUGGAUAGCAUUCCAACGAUUGGUCAACUAUAUUAUCCUGCUCAGUCUGACAUCUGUUGAGCUUGUAUUUAUAUCUUCAUUGCUGGUAUUCCACACAUGGCUGAUAGGAAUGAAUGAGACGACAAUAGAGCAUUAUGUCAUUGAUGACUAUAUCAGCGGUGAUCAUACAUUUGGACAUGUUUUCCAGGAAGGCCCAAUAACAUCGCUAUCAACAAGUACAGAUAGGCAGGUUCUGAAUCCAUACAACCUUGGACUUGGCCAGAACUGGAAGCAAGUCUUUGGGAAUAGCUUUAGACACUGGCUUAUGCCCACAUACUCAACACCAGGAAACGGAGUAUCUUUCCCAAAAAAUUACAACAAAUACUAUGAGUUUCUUUAUUAA